CAUUAUGCGGAAGGAAGGUUGCUCGGCGCCAUAUUUAAUACAUCAAAAGCUAGCUAGCAUUGACGUAAGCUGUUUACAAGCCCCAACUUUAAACUUGAGACGGAAAACUAAAGCAAGCCUUUCACUUAAUCAAAAAUGAAUGUUAUAGAUCAUGUACGGGAUAUGGCUGCCGCCGGCCUUCACUCUAAUGUUCGGAUAAUGAGCAGUUUGUUGCUGACGAUGAGUAAUAACAACCCUGAGCUGCUUUCGCCGACCCAGAAGUACCAGUUGUUGGUUUACCAUGCGGAUUCCAUCUUCCAUGAUAAGGAGUAUCGUAAUGCCGCCUGCAAAUACAGUAUGGCAUUGCAACAGAAGAAGGUGCUCAGCAAAACAUCUAAAGUCCGUACUUCUACUGGUGGCGCUGCAUCUAACAUACAGGCACAGAGUUUGCCGUCCGAAAUUGAAGUAAAGUACAAGAUUGCUGAAUGCUACACCAUUUUGAAACUGGAUAAAGAUGCCAUUGCAGUGCUCGAUGGGAUCCCGUCCAGACAGAGGACUCCAAAGAUCAAUAUGAUGCUAGCUAACCUGUACAGGAAAGCUGGUCAGGAGCGCUCUGCAGUGACGAGCUACAAAGAGGUCCUCCGACAUUGUCCCCUCGCCCUGGAUGCAAUCAUUGGUCUUCUCUCUUUAUCAGUCAAAGGAGCUGAAGUGGCGUCCAUGACAAUGGAUGUGAUCCAGAGCCUCCCUAACCUGGACUGGCUCUCUGUUUGGAUCAAAGCUUAUGCCUUCAUACACGCCGGGGACAAUCAGAGAGCCAUCAACACGAUUUGCUCUCUUGAAAAGAAGUCUCUGUUGCGGGACAACGUGGACCUCCUGGUGAGCCUGGCGGAUGUCUACUUCAGGGCGGGUGACACCAAGAACGCCAUCCUGAAAUUUGAACAAGCCCAGAUGCUGGACCCGUACCUCAUCAAAGGGAUGGAUGUGUAUGGCUACCUGAUGGCCCGCGAAGGACACCUGGAGGAUGUUGAAGUCCUGGGGGGGCGACUGUUUAAUAUCUCAGACCAGCAUGCAGAACCCUGGGUCAUCUCUGGUUGUCACAGCUUUUAUAGCAAGCGUUACUCCAGAGCCCUGUACCUGGGAGCGAAGGCCAUCCAGCUGAACAGCAACAGUGUCCAGGCUCUCCUCCUGAAGGGGGCAGCCCUGCGGAACAUGGGUCGCGUUCAAGAAGCCAUCAUCCAUUUCAGGGAGGCCAUGCGCUUGGCCCCCUGCAGGCUCGACUGCUAUGAAGGUCUGAUUGACUGUUACCUGGCAUCCAAUGGGAUUCGAGAGGCUAUGGGGAUGGCCAAUAAUAUCUAUAAGACUCUAGGGGCCAACGCACAAACUCUGACCAUCCUGGCCACGGUGUGCCUGGAGGAUCCGGUGACUCAGGAGAAAGCCAAAACCCUGCUGGACAAAGCUCUGGCCCAGAGACCCGACUACACCAAGGCUGUGGUCAAGAAGGCUGAACUGCUCAGUCGGGAACAGAAACACGAAGAAGGGAUCGCUCUCCUCCGGAACGCCCUGGCCAAUCAGAGUGAUUGUGUCCUGCACAGAAUGCUGGGAGAUUUCCUGGUGGCUGUCAACGAUUACCAAGAAGCCAUGGAUCAGUACAGCAUAGCGCUGAGCCUGGAUCCCAAUGACCAGAAGUCUUUAGAAGGCAUGCAAAAGAUGGAGAAGGAGGAGAGCCCCACGGAUGCCACGGUGGAGCUGGACGGUGACGACAUGGAGGGCAGCGGGGAGGACGGAGAUCUGGAGGGCAGUGACAGUGAAGCAGCCCAGUGGGCGGAUCAGGAACAGUGGUUUGGCAUGCAGUGACCCUGGCCACUGAAGGAUACACGGUCACUUCUAACGCACUACAGCCUGCGGGAAGCCUUCAGCCAUCGUCCGUCAAACAGGACAGGGUGGCCUGGGAUGCUACUUCCCCAACAUUCUGACAACCUUAUCAACCACUUCACCGUGGAGCUAGGUGAGCCUCGUUCGCUCGUCUAUACAGCUGUCCCAUACACUCUGAGGACCAGCCAACACUCAAACCCCAAAGACAAUCACAAUGUUGUGUUCAACAUCUUGAUUGUUCAAUAAUUGUGAAAAUUACCGUACAUAUCCCUGACUCUGUCAUUUUUUCCCAGCAAUUCAUUGUUUCAUCUUUGCUGGCUACCUAUAUGCACCAGUGUACCAGGUAGAGCAAAGUACAACUUUAAGGUAAAUAUAUUCAUCACAAAGUGAGUGUCAGUGUGUUAAAAUAAAAUAGGAUCUUUUUUGGGGUUGAGUUAAGUAUGCUGGUGUGCUUUUCCCAGGAAAAAUGUGUACCAUGAAAAGUAGAAAGUAACAAUUGUCAGAAUCAAAUAGUGUGAUUGGAAGUGUCCGGAGUUGUCCUUCGCGUGUAACCGGAGGGACUGACGCGUGUUUGCUGCAGAGAAGAAGUUGCAAAUCACAAUGAAGGUUGUGGAUUUGCCAAAACUUUGUCUCUGACAGGCAAACGGGUCUGUUGAAAAGUGACUAUUUACCAUAAUUCCGCUGCUCUUUAAAAUAUAUUAAUUUGAAUUUGUCACGAGAAUGUCAUGUAAUGUACAUGCUUGUUAUUUUUGGUGUGUUGUCUGUUGAGCCUGCCUUUGUGUCAAAA